ACGCUUAGCGAAUUUGUAUACGAAGUGUAAACAAUUUUGAGUGCAUGUGUGUGGGGCAGUUUAUUUUCUUGAUUAUACCAAAACGCGAGGAAGAAUAUUCAGCGUGAAAUUAAAAUUGUAUAAUAGACAAUAAAUAAAACCGGUGUAAAUCAACAAUGCGACAGCACUGUCAUACCAUGCUCUGGAACCUAGUGCGCCAGUGCAAUUCUUCACCGAUUAAACAGUCGUGGCCCUAUGGCCAGUUAUUGGGAAGCCAGCUGUUGAACCUUCCGUGCUCCUCUAACGCUGCCACCUGCACCACUUCUUCUAGCAACUACUCUAAGUUCAACACACACUUGUCCACGGAAAAGGCUAUGGAGCUUUUAUGCAACCUAGACGAGGAGGAGCGUAGCAACCUUCGCUGUGCCCUCGGCAAAAUAGACGCCGACAAGGAGAAGAAGUUUUACGAGAGCCAGCUGGCCGUUGGCAGUUGGCGCACUCGCUUCGGACGACUCUCUCAUAAAGCGGCAUUGGGUCAGGUCAUUGCAGGCACUUAUUGUGCUGUGCCAGAUGAUUGGCUGCGAAAAAAAAUGGUUGAAUCAGCAGCACCACCCUCCGCAGGUCAAUUGUACAGCAUUUUCUUUGUAAAUGCAGUACCUUUUAUAGCCUUCGGAUUUCUUGACAAUUUUAUCAUGAUUAUGGCGGGCGAAUAUAUUGAAUAUUAUUUGGGCCACUUUAUAACACUAUCUACGAUGGCAGCAGCUGGCCUUGGCAACACCAUUAGUGAUAUUCUGGGCAUCACAAUGGCCACUUACGUGGAGAACGGAUGCCAGAUAUUGGGUCUGAAGCAGCCCAAGUUAACUCCAGCGCAAUUCGAACUGAAGUCUAGUAAGCGGUCAUCCAGUUAUGGACGUAUUGUUGGCAUCACUGUGGGCUGCCUGCUUGGAAUGUGCCCUCUGUGGUUAAUUGAUGAAAAAGAAGAUAAAGCAGACGUGGCUGACUAAAAAAACUGUCUUCUCAACAAAAUUAUCGAUUUUAAUAUAUGUUACAUUUGGUUCUGAUUUUAUAUUCAGAGCAACGAAUUACUAACUUCCUUAGAAAACAAGUUCCAAAUUUUGUUGAAUCGCGGCUCAAAUACAAAACACAUAUCAAAUAAUUGGUAAUAUGCGAGCAAAGUAUCAAAAUAUAUUUUAAAUGUUUUUUAUAAUGUUAAACUAAUUAUUUGAACUUUUCCAUGAUAUUUCGAUGCUCUUGAGUAAAAUUCAAAUUAAAACUUAUGUUCCAUAACCUGCCCCUGCAUCACAAGUUCUGUUUAAUCCCAACUGCCUAGCUCUUAUAGUCUAGAUAUUCUGCUUUUUCAAACAUUUUACUUUUCCUAGCAUGUCAAUGAUUCGGCCCUGUCUAAGAAAUCUCAUAAAACAUAUUUCGUCAAUAUUCCAAAAAGUUGUUGCGACACAAGCUCCCUAGUUUAUAGGCGUGAGCUAUAAUGUCGCAGGUAAAAUUGUUUUCUGUAUUCAAAUUUGACAGACUGCUUUUAGUUUUAAUAUUGCACUUUUUUGGACAUCUGACGAAAUUCAUUUAACUUUUCUUGCUUUUAUUGUAUUUCAACUGUAGCAUUAUUGGCAACAACAUAAUAUUUUGGACAAAGGGCUAACACCAUUUUCAAAAUUUUAGAAAAUUUGUUAAUGUAUACUAAAUCUUAAAAAUAAUUUUAAAAAAAGGGGAAAAAAAUGUAUGUAUAAUGUUCAUAAAAUCACACUGAAAUGUGCCUGUAAACAUGCUUAAAAAUGCCCAGCCUUGGGCUUAAACUUUUCCAUUGGUAUUGAAAUAAAUAUAAAUAUAUUCUACAGAACUAA